AUGGCGCUAAGCCUGUAUUGCGGAAGUACCUGGCUGUCGGCUAACAAGGAUAAUUCCUUCAACAUCGACUGGUCUCUCAGCAACCCAACCCUCAACGGCUGUGAAUCUGACCUAUUGUCGUUUUGCCCAGCCGGGGAAAAACCUGCAUCGGUUCCAGAUGUGCACCUUCCCGGUCAGAUGGCUGUAUUCAGUGGACGAUCCGCUUUCAACCCGUUCACGCAUGCGGUCGCCGCAACAUUUAACGAGGAUCUCUCGGACUCAUUUGGCACAGGAUUUGCCGUCAAUGGUGUCAACAAUCACAAUCUACAAGUCCGUCGAAAUUUCGAUCAAUACGCGAACGCACCGUUUGAUCGCAAUGAUGGAUCAUAUCAGCCGUUUCUGACUGCCGGAGCCGUUGGAGCAGAGUACGACCUCAGCAAAAUACGCGAAGUUGCAGGACACCUCGGACAUUCCGAUACCUGGUGUGAACGAGCUGGUGGCGGCACCACGGGUAUUCUGAACAGCGCUAUGGAUAUUCCCGCUAACCUUAUCCGAUCCAAACGAACUACUCUGAAUUUCAUGGCCGAUCGACAUAUGCAGUACGGCCAUGUUGUGCCAAAUGUGAAUCUAUUCCUUGUUGGAAAGGACAAAAUCAUGAGUAGACUCGUGCAGAAUCGCCUCAAUCCCACCAUGAUUGGC